GUGUGAAGAGGUCAAAUAAAAAGAAUCCUCGGGAAAUAUACAGAGAAAAUUCGCAAAUAGUUUCAUGCGGUAAAUAAGUUAGUGGCAGGUGAGAGAAGGUGAACGGACUAGAGCGAUAGAGAGAAAGGGAGGGAGCGAGAGAGAAGGAGAGAACGAGAGCCAGGCAAUCCAAUUCGCAAGUUGUUCCAAGUCAGUCCACCAAACAAAACAUGGACGCCGUAGAAAUAAAUACGUCGGGUCCGCCGCAAAGUGAGGACGCGAUCGCGUCCGCGGUGAAGAUAUGCCGCGUGUGCCUGCUCGACAACCCGAUGAUGCGCGACCUCUUCCUCGAGAGCGAGGUCGCGUCCCUCUCGAUGAAAGCGAUGAGCUUCACCAACGUUAAGAUGUUACCAGGUGACGGCCUACCGGCACAGGUAUGCUACAUGUGUGCCGACAAACUAGAGUCGGCAUAUGAAUUUAAGUUACAAGUGGAGCAAGCUGACAGUGUCCUUAGAGAUAGGUUUGUCGGAGGAAUAAUAAAGGAAGAAUUAUUUCUUAACGAGGUCGAGAUACACUUAGAUGAUGAAAGAAAUGAGGAUUUAGAGGAGAUGGAUGCCAAUUAUGAAUCUACUGUCACAGUUCUAUCAGAAGAAUCAGACGUUGAUAAGAACUUUUUAAAAGAGCAAUUAAUGAUCUUAGAACAUGAGAAGUUGACAAAUACAGAAGAAAUGCAACAAGAUCCAGAAGAUAAUUCAGAGGAGAUUACACAAGAAAUUAGUCAAAGCAUUGCAGAAGAGUCUCAGCAAGAAUUACUUGAUACAGAAGAUAAUGAUAUGUCAAGUACUAUCAAAGAAUCUAGGAAUCAAAAACUUUGUAUGAACGAAAAUAUCACUUCGAGUUAUAUGGAGGCGAUUCCAACAGAGGAACAUGAUUAUAUUAUGCAGCAACAGUGUGUGUUCCCCACUGACCAAUUUCCUUUGCAGGAAAGAAUACAAGUGGAUACACAAGUUGAACAAAGUAUAGCGGAAUGUCAAGAAACAUUAUCUGAAUUAAAUCAAGAGAAUAACACUCAACAAAUUCAUAAUAAUCAAGUUGAACAUAUUCAAGAGAAUCGAAUUGAACAAAUUGAAGAGAAUCAAGCUGAACAAAUUCAAGAAAACCAUGUUGAACAGAUUCAAGAGAAUCAAGCAAAUCAAAUUCAAGAGAGUCAAGUGGAGCAAAUUCAAGAGACUCAAGCAGAACAAAUUCAAGAGAAUCAAUUUGAACAAAAUCAAAAUGAGGAGAAUAAAUCUUUUAAUGAAGAAAUAUCUACCACUGAUAAUGAGCCGGCGAUAGGACAAGAUUCACCUCAAAACGAAACCAGAAGAAGUAAACGUAGAUUAGCUCGUCGGACAUUUGCUGAACGGGAUUCCGAUGAAGAGAAUUAUUUUGAGAAUCUGAAUCUCAGUUCUCGAUUGAAAAAAGCACAAGCGGAUAAAACGGAGAAGAUUUUCUUCAUGUGUUAUUUGUGUGACAAACAGUUCUUGUCAAAGAAUGUUCUGAAGGAGCACAUGCAUUCUCAUGAAGAAGUAAGGAAAGCACUCUCCCUAAAGAAAACGCCGGAGAAGCCGCAAAAAGUACAGACCAACAUCUCCACUACGAAGACUCCACCAUCUGGAAAAAAAGCCAACAAGUGCCCUUAUUGCGGUAAAGAGUAUCUGUAUAUAAUCUCGUUUACUAAGCACAUUAAACAGCACGAACGUGAACGAGAGGAGGCGAAAGAAGACCCUAUGCCGCUCGAAAUUUCAUUCCACGAAGAUGAGCACAGUCUAGACUUUGAUGGUAACAAUUCGGACAGAGAAUGUAGAAAACGAACGAGGAGAGGAAGUACAGCUGACGGAAACGACGAUGUCAGCGACAACGAUCAAGAUAAAAGAAGAAAGCGGAAUCGCGUUGAAGAAUUCGCAUGCGACAAAUGUCCGGAAAAAUUUGAUACGAAACGAAGUUUGCAAAAGCAUUCGCUCACACAUGUUAACUUCAAGUGCAACGUAUGUCACGACGAGUACGAUACUCUGGUGCAAUUGAGAAAUCAUCGAACGAAGCAUGUAGUUGAAGGCGUACUUACAGAGCAGGAUUUAGAAGAAGACAUGAAGCAGAUGAUGGCUAAGAGCGAUAACUACGAUGACGAAGACAAUAAAAACGAGGAGGAAGAGGAAGACGAUAAUGACGGCGAAUCCGUCGAACAAGCGAAGGAAUUCAAGUGUCAAAAGUGUCCAACGACAUUCUCGCGUAAGAAGUUGCUAUCAAAACACAUGGAGACGGCACAUUCUGGAGCUGGAAGCUAUGAUUGCAAGAUAUGUCGUCAACAGUUUACGCGGAAGGACCUUCUGCGCAGACACGCUGAACAGCACGCGCGAAUAAAAACUUACAAAUGUACUCAAUGCAACAAAACUUUCGGCAACGAGCUCACUCUGAGAAAUCAUCUAGUCGCCACGAAUCACAAGACGUUUAUACAUGGGCAAGAAUAUGAUCCAAACAAGCGUAUAAAGCGCGUGGCCGCAAAAGCGGCUCAGAAGAUCAUUGACAAGAUUAAAACGGAGGAUGGUCUGGAGGAUUAUGACGACGAUAACGACAAUGUCGAUUACGACGCCAAAUUAGACGGACAUUAUUACCGCCGUAAGCGUGACGCUACAUCAAAGAAUUGUAAGAAGGAAUUAGAAUGCGCGACGUGUAAUAAGAGGUACAGUUCGAAGCAAGCACUGACGAAGCACAUGGAACAACACGUGAAAGACGAGAAAGCGGCGGAGAAGUUGAAGAAGGCCGCUUCGGACAAGAAGGAGGCGCAAAAAACGAAUACAAUAGGCGAUAAUGAUGACGACGACGAUGACUCGGAUUUCGAAAGCGGUCUCGAUUGGCCGAUGGAUAGUCACGAAUGUGCCACGUGCAAGAAACGCUACAGCACGAAGAAAUCGUUGCUACGGCACCAGCUGCUACACGAGGAACCGAACUUCGAAUGCGACAUUUGCAACGUCAAGUUCUACCGUAAGGAUAAGCUAAAGGCGCACUAUGAUAAGUGCUCCGAGAAGAAUCCCGAUCAGGUGAGGAAGUGCAAUAUAUGCGGAGACAGUUUCGAGAACAAUGAGAUCCUGCGGGAACAUCGGGCCAAACACGUCACCGAGGGUAUCUUAACCGAAGAAGAUUUGCGGGACAUCGAACCGAAACCCGAGGAUAAGAAAUCGGGCGAGAAAAUCGGUCGAAAGAGAAGAACCGAUAUCGUGGGCCUCGAAUGCACCGAAUGCAAUAAACAGUAUACCUCCAGAAAGGGUCUCUUGCGGCACAUUCAAGUACACGAAGGUAAGAAAUAUUUGUGCGAUAUAUGCCCGAAGAAAUUUUAUAGGCGGGAACAUCUCAAAAUCCACGUGGCCAAGCACAAUAUGAUAAAGCCGUACAAGUGCACCCGAUGCACCAAACGCUUCAUCAAGGAGGAGCAGCUCAACAAUCAUCUGUCCAAACACGAUCGUACCUUCAAGAAGAACAAGGAAACCGAUAGCUCGAAGAGAUUCCUCUGCGAGAUCUGCAGCAAGAGUUUCACGCAGUCGACGACGCUGAUAGCUCAUUUGCGCGCGCACAACGGCAUCAAGCCUUACGUGUGCGAGGUUUGCUCUAGACCGUUCACCACCAACGCCUAUCUGAAGAUGCAUAUGCGCACGCAUACGCAAGAACGGCCGUACGUCUGUCAGUAUUGUUCGCGAGCGUUCGCGCGAGCCGACACUUUGGCGAAUCACUUGACAUCGCAUACCGGAGAGGCCAAGUAUCACUGCAAAUGUUGUCCGAAGAACUUCCGACGAUUGAAGUCAUUGAAGGAACACAUGUUUAUUCAUACAGGUCAACGACCUUAUGAGUGUCCGACUUGCGACCGCAAGUUCAACAACAACGGCAGCCGUUACGCGCACAGCAAACGUUGUAAGCAGAAUCUCUUGCAGAAUCAGAACCGUGCUCAGCAGAUGAUGCAGCAGCAGAUACAGCCGCAGCCGCAACAACAGCAACAGCAACCUCAAGUGCAGAUACAGGUACAGCAGCAGUCACAGGUCAGGAUGCAUCAGACCACGCUUGGCCAAGCGCAGGUUGUCAAAGCGCAAAACAUCAAGACGAUUGCUAUAGCGAGGCAGGCGGAACCGGUGACUACGGUGGCCACGUCGCAGCAAGUGAUGCCACAGGAGAUACUGAUGCCGCUCAUUUUGCCGCUUACUGUCACCCUCACUGACGUAGGCGAGGAGGUGAUACUACCCGAGGGUACAAAGAUAUUCACCACUUCUUAAUCGAGCCAUCAUCUUCUAUCCUUGGAUUAAGAUAUAAAAAGAAAGACAUACUUUUUGCGUAGCAAGAUACAUUGCAGAAUGUACAAGUUGAACGAGUUCUGUUCUAUAGCUCUCUCCGUGAUCCUCCCGUUUUCAUUCCCGCCCAAUUUUUUCGACGCCCACGGGAAAACUGGAAGCGAUGCUAUAUAACGUGAUACGCGACCGACAUUGUAUGCAUUAUCGUGAGAAUUUGCUUGCAUUGAAUAACAAAAAGUAUGCGUGAUGCUAGCUGUACUGUUAAUACUAAUAAUUAUGAAUUUCCAAAAGAGAAAGAGAGAGAUCAUUUUUCUCAAUUAUGUAUGAAUCGUUGAAGUUUAUUUUUACAACGGGUGA